ACAUAACAUAUUGUUGAUCCAAGGUGAAAACAAUUCAGACUUGAACUCCACAUGGAUCUCAUUCGUGGGUUUCUUAUUGUCUGGAUUACUGUGAUACUUUUCAACCAUAAUCUGGGAAAUGUGGAAGGAAGAUACCACCAUCACACCAACCAGAAGAAGGUUUCACAUGUUCCUGAACCACCUGCUGAUUCUUCCCAUGAGCCAGAAAACCCUUCACCCCCUGCUAAUUCUCCAAGUGUUCCUUCUGAACCUUAUCCAAAUCCUCCCCGGGAUCCCUCUUCCAACUGUGUUUUCGAUGUAAGAUCCUUUGGGGCAGUUGGAGAUGGUUCAGCUGAUGACACACCUGCAUUCAGAGCAGCAUGGAAAGCAGCUUGUGCUGUAGAGUCAGGGGUUGUUCUAGCUCCAGAAAAUUACUGCUUUAAGAUCACUUCAACCAUUUUUUCAGGUCCAUGCAAACCGGGAUUAGUAUUUCAAGUGGAUGGUACACUCAUGGCACCAGAUGGACCGAGUUCAUGGCCAGAAGCAGAUAGCCAAAAUCAGUGGCUUGUGUUUUAUCGAUUAGACCAAAUGACUCUUAAUGGUACAGGAACAAUAGAAGGCAAUGGAGAAAAGUGGUGGGAUCUCCCCUGCAAACCUCACAGGGUAAUCAAUCAUUUUAUCUUUUUGCCAGGGCCAUGUGGUAGUCCUGCUAUGAUACGGUUCUUCAUGAGCUCCAAUUUGAAGGUGAAUGGGCUGAAAAUUCAAAACAGUCCUCAGAUCCACAUGAAAUUCGAUGGCUGCCAAGGAGUACUUAUCGAUAGGCUUUUCAUUUCUUCACCUAAACUCAGCCCCAACACCGACGGAAUUCAUGUAGAAAACUCAAAGUCUGUUGGGAUAUAUAACACCAUGAUAAGCAAUGGUGAUGAUUGCAUUUCAAUUGGACCCGGGUCCUCAAAUGUGGACAUAGUUGGUGUUACUUGUGGUCCUAGCCACGGGAUUAGCAUUGGAAGCCUUGGAGUACACAACUCCCAAGCAUGUGUCUCUAACUUAACUGUUCGUAACACCAUCAUAAAGGAAUCAGACAAUGGACUGAGAAUCAAGACAUGGCAAGGUGGGACAGGAUCUGUGGCAGGUUUGAGAUUUGAGAACAUCCAAAUGGUGAAUGUUGGGAACUGCAUCAUUAUAGACCAAUACUACUGUUUGUCAAAGGAAUGUCUAAACCAGACUUCAGCUGUCCAUGUUAAUGAUGUGUACUACACAAACAUAAAGGGUACUUAUGAUGUGAGAACCCCUCCUAUUCAUUUUGCAUGCAGUGACACUGUUGCUUGCACAAACAUAACACUCUCUGAGGUUGAGCUUUUACCAUACGAAGGAGAAUUGCUGGAUGACCCUUUUUGCUGGAAUGCUUAUGGGACUCAGGAGACUUUGACUAUACCUCCAAUUAAUUGCUUAAGGGAAGGUGACCCUGAGACAGUGGGUGAUCUUUCUGCAUAUCAAUGUAGUUGAAGAUGUUUCUUUAAAUUUUGUUGCUUAGAUAGAAGAUUUAUAUAUCAUAUACCACACGUAUAGAGUCCGUAUAACCAUUAUUAUGUGAUGAUGAUUGUGGUU